GUCACGUGAUGCGUUUCACUCCCUUACCAUGGGCGACUCCUACUUAGGCGGUGGGAAGAUGGCGGACCCAGGUCGGUUAGAUUUCAACCACACCGGCGCCCCGUGCCAUAUCCCGAAAGGAAGCGGCGAGCCCGGCCCCAAAAGGCAACGAUUGGAGGCCGGUGAGGGCGGGCCGCCGGCUGCCGCCGAGAGCGAGGCGAAGGAAGCUCUCCCCGCGGUGUCUGCCCAGCCGGGAGGAGGGGAGGCCUCUGCAGGGCUGUCUGCCAAACCCAGAGCGCACAAUAGCUCCGGGCUGCAAGGCCUUCCUGGGGACCAGAGACAAAUGCUGCUGCUGAUGGUGCAGGGGGAGGAGGAGCAGGAGGAGGAGGAGGAGGAGGGGGCUGGAGCACUGGCGAAUGGUGAGCUCACAGACCAAGCCAUUGAUUAUGGAGCAAGCAUUCAUCUAGAUGAUGAUCUGGCCGGUGGCUUCCAUUCUUGUGACAGUGAUGAUGAAGAGGAUAGGGCUUCACAUGCCAGCUCAAGUGACUGGACUCCAAAACCUUGCAUAGGCCCGUACACAUUCGUUCAGCGACAUCUGAUGAUGGGAACCGAUCCCAGGACAAUUCUUAAGGAUCUCCUACCCGAUUCUGUAGCACCGCCAGAUCUGGAUGAUAUGACUUUAUGGCAAAUUGUUAUAAACAUACUGUCAGAUCCCCCAAAAAGGAAAAAACGUAAAGACAUCAAUACUAUUGAAGAUGCUGUACGACUUCUACAGCAAAGCAAGAAAAUAAUGGUUCUUACAGGAGCUGGAGUUUCAGUUUCAUGUGGCAUACCAGAUUUUAGAUCAAGAGAUGGAAUUUAUGCACGCCUCGCAGUAGAUUUUCCAGACCUUCCAAAUCCUCAAGCCAUGUUUGAUAUCGAAUACUUCCGGAAAGACCCAAGACCAUUUUUUAAAUUUGCAAAGGAAAUUUUCCCUGGACAGUUUCAGCCAUCUCUCUGUCACAAGUUUAUCGCCAUGUUGGAUAAGGAGGAAAAACUCCUCCGAAAUUAUACCCAAAAUAUAGAUACACUGGAACAAGUUGCAGGAAUUGAAAGAAUUAUACAGUGUCACGGUUCUUUUGCUAUGGCAUCUUGUCUAAUAUGUAAAUACAAGGUUGACUGUGAAGCUGUCCGAGAAGACAUUUUCAAUCAGAUCGUUCCAAGAUGCCCAAGGUGUUCAGCAGAUGAGCCUCUUGCCAUUAUGAAACCUGAUAUUGUGUUUUUUGGUGAAAAUUUACCAGAGCAGUUCCACCGAGCCAUGAAAUACGACAAAAACGAGGUUGAUCUCCUUAUUGUUAUUGGAUCUUCAUUGAAAGUAAGGCCAGUCGCUUUAAUACCAAGUUCAAUCCCUCAUGAAGUGCCUCAGAUUUUAAUAAAUAGAGAGCCAUUGCCUCAUCUUCAUUUUGAUAUAGAACUGCUUGGGGAUUGUGAUGUUGUUAUAAAUGAGUUGUGUGAGAGACUAGAUGGCAAAUACAAACAACUUUGUUCGAGUUCUUUAAAACUUUCACAAAUCACAGAAAAGCCUACUCGUCCUAACAAGAUGCUUCCUGUUCUACCAGAGACUCUUCUAUCUUCUUCCUUACACACGGGGUAUGAUUCAGGCAACUUGCUUCAACCUGAUCCCUCACUGACUGAACCCAAUAAUAACUGCAAAUUGUCAGAACCCAACAAGACCAUGGAAUGUUCAAAAGGCUGUGUUGUUGAAAAUACUGCGACACUUAAUGAAGAGAAUACAGAAAGUCAAGGCACUCUUUCACAAUCUGAACUUUCUGAUUCCACUGAACGAGAAACGCAGCCUAGCAAAGAGGGGCAACCCGAAAAGUCUGAAAAAGAAAGUAGUGAUCCAUCCAAGAAGACAGUGGCAAACAAACUAGCAAAAGAGCAGAUAAGCAAGCGCCUUGAUGGUACACAAUAUUUAUUUUUAUCACCGAAUCGCUACAUUUUCCAUGGGGCAGAGGUUUUUUCAGAUUCUGAUGACGAUUUGUCAUCCAGUUCUUGUGGAACAAAUAGUGACAGUGAAUCUUUACACAGCCCGAGUUUACAAGAGCCGGUCGAAGAAGAAAGCGAGAAUGAAGAUUUCUACCAUGUUAAAUACGAUAAUGACUCUGAUACAGAAAAUAGGGUAGGCUUCGAAGAUGAAGCCGGAACAGUUGUCAUUUAUGAUGACGAUUUAGCUAAUGGUGGUUCGUCUGAAAAGGUAUAAUAAACACUUUCCUUGACCUGUUUUGUGCUUGAGAGUUGGCACUCUGUGGUACAUAGUCUCUGGCACUCUAAAAGUUAUGUUCCGUUAACACCAGCAUUAAACAAAUUUUAAACCUGGAGAUACAAAGCAUGUAAACUUUGUGAAAUGAGCGCAUGUGAAAAAAGUUAUUUAAAAAAACAAACGUCCAAGAACAGAUUGUUAUAAGAAAUAUUUGUUUUGUUUUGUUUAAAGGAAGAUUUUCUAUUGACACUAUACCAUUCUGUCAUUAUUUUUGUAUCGUUCUGCUUGCUCUUUUUUGUUUGUUUGUUUUCACAGUGCUUUCUGGUAAAAAUGCAGAUACAGUAUUGUGGUUUUUAAUUUAUGCAUAGUUAAAUGUUUAUUUUCAUUCAACGUUUCUUGUACAAGGUAUUUAAAAUGAGGUUCAUAUUAAAGGAAACAGCUAUUACAGGCCAAAGACAAAGUAUGUCUUUUUUUUUUCUUUUCUAACAGGAUAUCACACUGUGAUAGAACGCAUUUUUACAUAUAUUUUUUUUUUUCUUGUUCUUCCAUUUUCUUGGGGUUUAUUUUUUUGUAUUUUACACCUUCUACAUUUUCUAAUUCAGUUAUUUGAAUUGGUUUUCUUUUUUUAUUUUAUAAUCUGUGUAGUAGGAGUAUUAAAAAUAUAACAUGAUAUUUGCUAAGAUGUUUCAUGAUUUUCUGCCCUUUUGAUAGACUGGUAUCCAUAUGCCUCAUCAAUACAAUUUUUAAAAGCGUAAACAAUAUGAUUAUAUAUAAAUAAAUGUAUGUGUUUCCUUAAUGUCAAUGUGAUGCAACUCUGGUAUAAGGAAAUUAAAUUGAAAUGUCAACUUUUUUGUUUGUUUGAGAAAACGUGCCUAAUUUAUUUUUAUUUUGGUUUAGAUUGUCUUUGUCGGUGGAAACCAGUGUUUUGUGGUAGAAUUUGGCUCUGUUUUCAUUUCAAUGAAAAUUCUAUCAUGAUAUUAAUAUGCAAUUUUCUUGUAGUAAAUGUUGAUAUAUUUUUAAUGUUUUGUAAUUGUUAUUUAUAAUGUUCCAUUAUUUUCGUGUACAGUAUUACAUUUGAAACUUUAAUUUCUUUAGGACAUUUUAUUAUUUAGCAAAAUAUA